GACUGUAGACACAGUACAGGGGAUGACCAGAGACUGCAGACACAGUACAGGAGAUGGCCAGAGACUGCGGACAGUGCAGGAGAUGACCAGAGACUGCGGACACAGUACAGGAGAUGACCAGAGACUGCGGACACAGUACAGGAGAUGACCAGAGACUGCGGACACAGUACAGGAGAUGACCAGAGACUGCAGACACAGUACAGGAGAUGGCCAGAGACUGCGGACACAGUACAGGAGAUGACCAGAGACUACGGACACACUACAGGAGAUGACCAGAGACUGCGGACACGGUACAGGAGAUGACCAGAGACUGCGGACACAGUACAGGAGAUGACCAGAG